UCUUUGGGCAGCAGCAGCCCCCGGGUCCCAGCCCCAUCAGACGGUGCCAUACUUUCUCCCGCCGUCUCUCCUAGGUCAGCAUGAGCUGGGUCUGCCUGGAAUCCCGCGGGGCCAGGCGCCUUGACACGCGCAGCCCCGGCCCACCGCUCACCUGCCCGUUCCGCGAACUUCACCAGGAAGGUGACCUGGUCCCUGUGGUAGAGGGGCUGGACGGUGCACUCCCCGCCGCCGGACUGCUGGCUCUGGAAGUAGAUUUCCAGCUUCCAGCGUGUUCGACGGCUGGACUCGGACACCCGCACGAGCAGCGGGGACGGCGGGGAGAGGGCGGAGGCCAUGGCUCCGGGCUUGGGGCUCCGGGCGAUGGGGGGCAGCGGGUCCGACCCGCGCCCGGCAGUCCUGGGCCCUCAGAGUUUCAGUUUCGCUUUCCCCGAAAUCCCUCCCCGCGCCAGGCAGAGCCGCUCCCCUCCCCUCCCUUGGGCGCUCUUCCUGCGGCGGUCAGCUGGAAGCAGGCAACCAUACUGGGAAUAACAGUUUACACUGGGAAACGCCAAAUGGAGUGUAAACAUUUAAAGACCCCAGGGACUUGGAGAAUGGACUUUCCUGAGGGUUCCUAUGGAGCAGUGGCUCACCAAGAGACAUCAGAGAUGGCCACUCCUGAAGAAGACCACAGUUGGCAGAUUUUCAUUAAUCACAGUGACUUCACAAUUUUAAAAAACAAUAAGAGUCAGCUGUGUGAAGUCCUUCAGAAUAAAUUUGAGUGUGUCUGUACCCUGGUCUCUCCAUCCGUGGAAGGGAACAGUGAGUCUCUGCAAGUCUUCAGAGAAAUGCUAAUUCCUGGGCUGGAGUUAUCUGUUUGGAAGGACGACCUCACCAGACAUGCCGUUGAUGCUGUGGUGAAUGCAGCCAACGGAGACCUCAUUCACGGGGGAGGCCUGGCUCAGGCCCUGGUGAAAGCCGGGGGCUCUGAAAUCCAAGAGGAGAGCAGAAGAUUAGUUUCCAGGUUUGGUAAAAUACCAACUGGUGAAAUAACUACCACAAAAGCAGGGAGACUUCCCUGCAAAUUAAUUAUCCAUGCUGUUGGGCCUCGGUGGAUAGCGAAAGAUUAUCAGACAUGUACCUAUAAACUGCAGAAGGCCAUUAUAAAUAUUCUGAAUUAUGUUACCUUUUACAAUCCAGACAUUGAGACAGUAGCAAUUCCAGCCCUCAGCUCUGGGAUUUUCCAGUUCCCUCUGGACUUGUGUACAGAGAUCAUUGUGAAAACAAUCAGUUUAUAUUACCAAGGGAAGCAACUGGCCACUAAUUUGAAAGAAAUUCACCUGGUAAGCAAUGAGCACCCUACUGUUGUUGCCUUUAAAAAUGCUUCAGAAGUAAUCCUAAGGACGAACAAGCUGGGAUCCCGGAUGAGUGAAGAAGCCACCCCUCCUUUCAAGACAGUUCUUGUGAACAAUGUGACUCUCCAGAUUGUCCAGGGUUACAUCCAGUUGCAGGAGGUAAGUAUUUGUUUCUGUCCUCUUAUACUGCCAAAGGAGGUCCCUGAACCGUUUAUGACCUAUCAGACGGAUGUAAUUGUUAAUUCUGUAAAUCUGCUCUAUGGUUUGGGAUUUGGAGCUGUGUCAAUAUCAAUUCUACAACAAGCAGGAAAUGAAAUGGAAUUGGAAUUUAAUGAAAAAAUUACUGAAAUACUAGAGUCUCAGUUGGUACUGGUCACAAGAGGAUUUCAGUUGUCCUGUCAGUACGUAUACCAUGUGUUGUGGGAUUUAGGACAUCACAAACUGACUGAGAUACUGAGAAUUGCAAUGAAGGAAUGUUUGGAGAAAUGCCUUGAACUAAAUAAAACUUCUAUUUCCUUUCCUGCCCUUGGGACUGGAAACUUUGGUAUACAGAAGAGUGUAGCAGCCGAGAUUAUGUUUGAUGAAGUUUUAACUUUUGCCAAAUGCCAUUUGAAAAAGCAAUUAACUGUAAAGUUUGUGAUCUUUCCAGAAGAACUGGACACCUACGUGGCUUUCAGCACUGAAAUGGAAAAGACUAAAUUCAAGCUACGUGGUUUCAGUAACUACAAUGUCCCCCAGUUGGCCAGAGAGGAGAAAAGAGAAAAUGGGCUCCAAGCUAAGUCUCCUGCCAUCAGUCUGAUAGGAUCCAACCUGGAAAAGAUGAAGGAGGCCCAAGCGUGGAUCCAAAGGAUACUGACCCCCCAGGACCACCAUAUCAUUGAGAAUAAUCUUAUCCUCUACCUUGGGAAAAAAGAACAUGACAGUUUGACUCGGCUUCAGAAUACCUUGAGGGUCUCUAUCUCAGAGAUUAUCAGUCUGGAAAAGGCAACUUUAGAGAUUAAAGGAGCCCAAGCUGACGUCAUUGAGGCUGUUAUGAACAUUGAACAUAUGUUGUGUGAAGUUCAAGAGGAAGUGGCAAGAAAAAAGGAACUAGCCCUUUGGAGCUUGUCAGGGCAGUGGACUAAUUGGCAACCCCCAAACCAGGAUGAAAUGAAAAAGAAUACGUUUCUGAAAUGCCUAAAUCUUUCAACGGAGGAAAUUCAGGCUCAGAAGAAACAGUUUGAGAGCUGUGGUUUGCAGGUUAUAAAGGUGGAGAAAAUAGACAAUGAGGUUCUCAUGGCUGUCUUCCAAAAAAAGAAGAAAAUGAUGGGAGAGAGAACACAGGGGAAGCCUGUGAGCCACAGGCUGUUUCAGCAAAUUCCUUACCAGUUCUGCGAAGCCGUAAGCAGAGUUGGCUUUCAAAGAAUGUACUCGGCGCCCUGCGACCAAAAAUAUGGAGUUGGUAUAUACUUCACCAAGAGCCUGAAAAACCUAGCAUACCGGGUCAAGGAAACAUCGGCCACAGACAAACUGAUAUACGUAUUUGAAGCUGAAGUACUCACAGGCUCCUUCUGUCAGGGUCAUCAGUUACAGAUCACUCCCCCACCAUUGAGUCCUGGAGACACAGACUACCAUGACAGUGUGGUUGACAAUGUCUCCAGCCCUGAAACCUUUGUUAUCUUUAGUAACACUCAGGCUAUGCCCCAGUAUUUGUGGACUUGCAGCCAGGAUCAUGUACAGCCACGGGAUUACUCUUCAAGACCAAGGAUGCAGUCUUCACAGCAGCCUAGAGCAAGAUUCUCAAGGGGUAGCUCUGUUGACUAAAUUCCACAUCAUUUUAACAAGUGCCAUGUGCUUGCUUUGGAGGAACUUUCCAAAUAAUGACCAGUAGUGAGUCAGAGAGUGGUCUGAAUAGGUCAGAUGGGUUGUCCAUGUGGACCAAUUGGGUUAUUGAAGGGACCCAGCACAAACUAGCAUCCUGGUUCUUUUAUCUUUGUCUUUACCUCUUGGGAUUGGGAUGGGUAGAUCCCAACCCAAACACUCUCAGGUCUGUUCGCUCUCCUUCAAAUUGUCCUUUCAUCUGUUUUACUAUAGGUAACAGCAAAAAUGUUUUGCAUAUGAUGAAGGGGAAUUUCUAGUAUAUAAUCCAAGCCUUUUUAAAUGAUAGUGUAACACUUGGGUGAUUUUAGAUUUUCCAGAAAAUCUUAUAUAGCAUUUUACAUAUUAAAAUACACAAACUUUGUCUGAGUAACUAGCUUUGAAAAGUUCUGUGUAAAAUGACAUUAUUCAAAGUGGAAGGACAGCAAAAGGCUGAUAUUCUACUGAUACCCUAUUUGGAUUCGACCAUAUCAGGCAAUACCACUCAAGCAUCAUGAGGCCAAAUUAUUUAUUUUUUUAAGAUGUAUUUAUUGAGAGAGAGAGGGAGAGAGAGAGAGGAUGAGUGUGAGGGGGCAGGCAGAGGGAAAAAAUCUCAAGUAGAUUCCUCGCUGAGUAUGGAGCCUGACGUGGGGCUCAGUCCCAGGACCUGGAGCUGGAAUCAAGUCAGACGCUCAACCAACUGAGCCACCCAGGUGCCCCAAGGCCAACUUAUUAAUUCAUCAAAUAUUUCUUGAUCACUAGAUGGGUUUCAGUCACUUUCUGGAUGCUGGGGAUAUGAUGCAGGACAAGACAAAUGUCUUCAGAAAGUUUUCAGCCUGAAUCAUCAGAAAGACAGCUAUGUGAUUGAAUAUAACAAAAGAGAAAGUACAGAUUCUUUGAAAAAACUUAAGAGGGAGGGGAUAAAUUGAUCAAGGGUUGGGAGGAAGAAGAGAGAGUGAAACUCUAGCUGAGACCUGAAGUAUUUAUAAGAGUUAUGUGAAUGAGGGAUGCAGAGAAUAGUACUUAUAAAAGGCUGAAUCCUCUGUGACUUUGCCCAAACUUUACAUCAAAGUCCUAUAGAGGCCAACAAAUCUCACUAGGUAUCUCUUGCCUAUUCUGAAACCCAUAUUUCUCUAUAUUCCCCAAAUUUCCUGACCCUCUUCUCUUUGCACAGAAUACUUCUUCUGCCUCACCUUACUGUAACCAGUGUUCUUCCUCCUUUUUUUUUUUUUUAAUUUUUUAAAAAUCCCCUUCAUCUAUUUUCCCACCCCACCUACCUCUCCUCUGGUAACCAUAUUUAUUCUCUAUAGUGAUAUAGUCUGUUUCUUGGUUUCUAUCGGUUUUUUGUUUUGUUUUGUUAUGUUUCUUAAAUUCCACAUAUAAGUGAAAUCAUAUGGUAUUUGUCUUUCUCCUACUGACUUUCACUUAGCAUUAUACUCUCUAGCUCCAUUCAUGUUGUUGCAAAUGGCAAGAUUUCAUUAUUUUGGGGGGCUGAGUAAUAUUCCAUUGUGUAUAUAUAUACACCACAUCUUCUUUAUCCAUUCAUCUCUAUCAAUGGACACCUGGGCUGCUUCCAUAAUUUGACUAUUGUAAAUAAUGCUGCAAUGAACAUAGGGAUGCAUAUAUCUUUUCAAAUUAGUGUUUUUGUAUUCUUUGGCAAUAGUGGAAUUACUGGAUCAUUUGACAAUUAUGUAUUUAAUCUUUUGAGGAAUCUUCAUACUAUUAUCUUUUUUUGUUCUCCAUACGGUUUUCCAUAGUGACUGUACCAAUUUGCGUUGCAUGAGGGUACAUUUUCUCCACGUCUUUGCCAACAGUUGUUGUUUCUUGUGUUUUUUAAAAAAUUUUUAAAGUUUUUACUUAAAUUCCAGUUAGUUAACAUACCAUAUAAUAUGACUUUCAGGUGUACAAAUUGUUUCUUGUGUUUUUGAUUUUAGCCGCUCUAACAGGAACGAGUGAUAGCUGAUUGUGAUAUUGAUUUGCACUUCCCAGAGAAGUGAUGUUGAGCAUCUUUUCAUGUGUUUGUUGGUCAUCUGUAUGUCUUUUUUGGAAAAUGCCUAUUCAUGACUUCUGCCCAUUUUUAAAUUGGAUUAUUUGCUUUAUUGGAUGUUAAGUUGUAUAUAUAUGCAGCUUUAUAUAUUUUAGAUCCUGAGUUGUUAUCAGAUAUGUCAUUUGCAAAUAUCUUCUCCCAUUCUGUAGGUUGCCUUUAAGUUUUGUUGAUUGUUACCUUUGCCAUGCAGAAGCUUUGCAUUUCGUUUCUCUCCCACACCAUGUCCCUGCACUUCAUACUUUCCUCGAUGUGGCCUCUUCUCUCCCUCUAGUUGUGCAACUUGUUCUGUCAGUACUCAGGUCAUUUUUACAGAUAUUCCAAAUGAUUUGAUAGUUAUCUGGUUGUGCUCUAGGAAUGAGAAGAGCAUAGGGUCCUCCUGCUAUGCCACCGUCUUAGCUGCUCAGAAGCAUCUAAUGUUGAUGGAGUCUCAAUAGGUUAUUUUUGCCCUCGUUUCCCUUACCUGAGGAAACAUAUCUAGAAAAAUGUCAAAGAAAUUACUGCCUAUGCUUUCUUCUAGGAUUUUUAAGGUUUCAGGUCUCACAUUUAGGUCCUUAAUCCAUUUUGAGUUUAUUUUUGUGUAUGCUAGAAGAAAGCAGUCCAGUUUUAUUUGUUUGCAUUUUGCUGUCCAGUAUUUCCCAUCACCAUUUGUUGAAGAGACUUUUUCCCAUUGUAUAUUCUUGCCUCCUUUAUGGAAGAUUAAUUGACCUUAUAAUUGUGGGCUUAUUUCUGGGCUCUCUACUCUCUUCCGUCGAUCAAUGUGUCUAUUCUUGUGCCAGUACUAUAUUGGUUUGAUUACUAUAGCUUCGUAGUAUAUCUUAAAAUCUGGGAUUGUGAUACUUCCAGUUUUGCCCUUUUUUUCCAAGAUUGCUUUGGCUACUCAGGGUCUUUUGUUGUUUCAUACAAAUUUUAGGGCUAUUUGUUCCAGUUCUGUGAAAAAUGCUGUUGGUACUUUGAUAAGGAUUGCAUUAAAUGUAUAGGUUGCUUUGGAUAGUAUGAACAUUUUAACAAUAUUUGUUCUUCCUAUCCAUAAGCAUGGAAUAUCUUUCCAUUUGUUUGCGUCAUCUUCAAUUUCUUUCAUCAGUGUUUUAUAGUUUUCAGAAUGGAGGUAUCUCACCUCCUAGGUUUAAUUUAUUCCUAGGUAUUUUACUUUUUUAAAAAAAGAUUUUAUUUAUCUGUUUGACAGAGAGAGAGAUCACAAGUAGGCAGGCAGAGGGAGAGGGGCUAGCAGGCCCCCGCUAAGCAGAGAACCGGAUGAGGGGCCCGAUCCCAAGACCCCGGGACCAUGACCCGAGGCCAAAGGCAGAGGCUCAAUCCACUGAGCCACCCAGGUGCCCCAAUAUUUUACUCUUUUUGAUGCAAGUGCAAAUGGGAUUAUUUUCUUGAUUUCUCUUUCUGAUACUUCAUUAUUAGUGUAUAGAAAUUUGGUGAAUUUCUGUGUAUUUAGUUUGUAUCCUGCAACCUUACUGAAUUCAUUUAUCAGUUCUAAUAGUUUUUUAGUGGAGUCUUUAGGGUUUUCCAUAUAUAGUAUCAUAUCAUCUGUGAAUAGUUGAAGUUUUACUUCUUCCUUACCAAUUUGGAUAACUUUUAUUUCCUUUUCUUAUUUGAUUUCUGUGGCAGCAUUCUUCCUCUUGAAAAAAGCUUGCUUCCUGUCUUAUAUAGUACUGUCUUUGGAUAUGGACAAGAGAGACCUGAACCUCUAGUUUGAGAGGGCCCCACUCUGGCCUUCCUCCAGGUUUUCUCAUCUUUACAAAGUGAGUAGUCUAUAGGAUCAAGAGAAUAUAUCCAUUUGAAGCCUGCAUACUUCACUUCUAAACCACCUACUAGGUAGCUGGAACCCCCCAAUUUCCUGCCUAAACAGCUCCAAGUCUAUUUUCACAGCCUAAAUUGAGUCUCUUUCUUGGGUCUGUCCUCUUGAGGUGGAUUAUCCCACAGUCUGCAUCAAGAACGGCCAAAGGGUGACUGUUUGCAGGGAUGGAGCUUAGACAUGAAGGCUGAGUUGGUCACAAGGCUGUGUGUGAGUUUGUGACAUAAAGCUAAAAUAGUGUUUAAAUUAUCUAUAAACUUAAAGUUGUAUUAAGAAAUAAUAAAGGUAGAAAUUAUUAGCUAAGCAUCCAACUUAAGAAAGUCAGAGUAAACUUGAAGGGUUAAAAACAGAAAAUAAUGAAAUAGACACAAAAACAUACAACAGAGAGAAAUAAAAAAGUCAAUAGCAGUCUCUUUGUAAAGAUUCUUAAAAAUAGACAAAUCUUUCGUAAGAUUGAUAAAAAAAACAAAAGGUCAAAUAAAGAAUUUGAGGAAUAAAAAAGGAUGUAACUAAAAUACAUUAGAGAUCUAAAGGUAACAAGAUAAUAGAUAAUACUAGAAACAAUUUCGUGCUAAUAAGUUCAAAAUUUAGAAAAAAUAGAGAUUUUGUUAAAAAAAAUACAAACUGCCACAAUUGACUGAGGAACUAGAAAUCCUGAAUUUUCUAAUGUCUAUUAAAUAAGUUGAAUCAGGGCACCUGGGUGGCUCAGUGGGUUAAGCCUCUGUCUUCGGCUCAGGUCAUGAUCUCAGGGUCCUGGAAUCGAGUUCCGCACUGGGCUCUCUGCUCAGCAGGGAGCCUGCUUCCCCCUCUCUCUCUGCCUGCCUCUCUGCUUAUUUGUGAUCUCUCUCUCUGUGUAAAAUAAAUAAAUAAAAUCUUUAAAAAA